UUGGGCCCGUCGUGGAUUGUGUGGGCGGGGCGCGGGCGGGCACGGGGUUCCUAUCUGGUACCUACCCCUCGAUACGAGGCCCCCCGGGUUGGCUAUCUACAGGUAUCGUCACGCCUGUGGCGCUCCGAUCCCUUUCAGUGGAUGGGUGUCACUCGCGCAGGGAAACCUCCCGAAACGUAGAGAAUUUUAACCAAGGCAUCACAAGCAAGUGUGGAACAAUGGCUGAUCCUAAUUAUGGAAGGACGACAACGGUCACCACUGAGACCAUUGUGACUUCUCCCAAUAUCAGAUUUGAUCCCAGCUACAUUCGUACCCUCCCAGGCAUGCUUAAAGCUGCUCAAAUUAUCCUGAAUUUGCUUGGAUUUAUCUGCAUUACUGUGUCAUACUACAGUAUACACUCCCGUGGGUCCUGGUUCAACACUGUGGCAAUGAUUGGCUUCUGGUUUACUGGAAUAUUGCUUGUCUUUUACCUCUUCCAUGUCAUUGAAAAGUUUUUCAAAAUCCCCUGGCUGAAAGUUGAAUUUGUCUUCUGUGCUGUGUGGACACUAUUCUACCUUCUGGCUGCCUCACUUGCUGCUGGCUGGGCAAACAGAGACGAAGCCUUUGGGGCAGGAGCGUUCUUUGGCUAUUGUGCCAUGGUGGCCUAUGGCUAUGAUGCCUUCCUGAAAUUCAAUGCUGUGAAGACUGGACAGCUAGCCCAAGGGGAGAGGACAACCACUACUGAAACUGUAUCUCCAACUGCCUACUGAACAGUGAUACUUUUUGUUACUGGCACCAGUUGGUACAAAGCUUUUUCACACAAACUUGCCUGUUCUUCUAGAAGUGAAAAUCAUUUCUGUAGAACAUGUUCACUGACAAGUUUGAUAUACUUUGUCGUAGCUACUUAAUUUUUAUAUGGCAAAUCUGUUAAACCUGUUAUAGGCAGCAGAUUGUCCCUUUGUUUGGAAUAAUUCUUACAGUUGUCUUGGAAGUCAGGUAUUUUGAAAGAUGAUAUUUGUAUCCUAUUUUAACAGACACUUUGUUCAAUAUGGAUGCAUCUUACUGCAUUUACUUUUUUAAAGAUGUUUGCAUAUCUCUUUUGGACUUAUUUUAUUAAAAAUGUGAUUUUAGCUUUGAUAGAGUUCAGAUAAAUCUUGACAUAAACUUUUAUUAUAUUUUUUUCCCAUGAAUUGUGUAUAUUGUGAGAAAAGCUCUUCUAAGAGUUAUUUAAAUUUGUACUUCAUCCCGCAGCUAAUUUGAUAUCUGAUAGAUUUCUAAACAUGGAUGAAUGAUAUAGUUUAUUGAUCUGAGAUAAGGGGGACUAUAAGGUUUCAAAAUCCUGUCCAUAUUAUGUGCAUUGUACAGUGUGUCAAGUCUACAACCCCACAGUGUUGCGGGUUUGCUUACUGUUGGGUAAAGGCCUUGGCUUGAGUAGGCAAACACACAUACUGUGAUGUCAUAGUCUUGACACAUUGUACUUGACAAAAUAUGUCAUGUUAUUGGAGUUUCUUAUUAUGCUAGUCCUAAACUACACUUUCAGACAAGAAAAAGUCCAUUUAUGUUAGUCUUUUGUAUUUUUUUCAUUUGUGUGAAAUGUCUCUACACUGCUAUUUUGUUGUGCAUAUGUUUGCAUGACUGUUUAAAUUAAACCAGACUCCAGUUUAUCUUCAGAGUUUGCAUGUGAUUGUCUAUUUUCUUUAUGUAGUGAACUUCACUUGUUGCACAGUAUUUUUGUAUAUUUUGUUGAGUUUUUCAAUUACUUCAAUAUUUUGAACUGAGUAGAUGAUCGGAAUUGAUUUCCUCUAAGAAGAAUCUCAACGACUGGUUGUAUCAAUGUUUUUGAUGAUAUUUUAAGUGUUUCACUCCAUUUGAUAUUAAUUAAAUGCAAGGAUUGCUUUAACUCUGUUGUAUAUGACUACUAAUGUGUUUUACAGUACAACUAAAUUUUGACAAUAUGGUUAUUUAAUGUGUAACUCGUUAAUCAUGUUUUUUUCUGUUUUAUUUUUUUUCUCCUUUUCUGUUGUGCUUUUAUAUCGUCAUUGUAUUUAACAUCAGACUGCUAUGUCUUGACCAAGAAGAAGCAAUAUUGAGUUCUUGAAUCUUUCACUGUAGCCCAUUGCUAUUGUGUUGCCUUACAUUCUUUCAAAUUUUUAUUAAUUAAUGGUGUUUUUGGUGUUUGUAAUUUGCUGAUUUUUGAUACAAAACCAGAUUAGUCGGAAUGCUGGAUACAAACAGUGAGAUGAACUAUGUUGUGUGUCAGCAUCAUCUGUAAGCUUUCCUUACAUUAAGAAUUGCGGGCAUCAGAAAACAAGGUGUGGUAAAAUUACUUUUUAAAAGACACUGAUAUUCAAGCAUUAAGCAACGACUGCCUGCCACUUACCAUUGUAGAAUAUUACGUGUAUUAUAUGUAAAUAUGGUGCAGAAGUAAGUGUUAACAUGAGGUUUGAUAUAUAUCAGUUAAAACUAAGAGAUGUUAACACUGUAAAUCACGAAUGAAUGAAUCUUUAUGAUGAACCAUGUACCGGAGCACCAGAUGUACCCACACCUGUGAGAACAAAAUUUUCACCAAUAAAAGAUUGUUUUACAAACUACUACAAAA